CGCCCUGGCUGAGCCCGGCACCUUGGAGAGCGGCGCCCCGCGCGCAGCGCGCACACCGCUGCUGUCCAGGCCCGCAGACGCACCAUGCCGCGUUUUACUGUACACGUCCGAGAUGAGUGGCUGGCGGUUCCCUGCCAGGACACCUCCAACACCAUCCUGUGGCUCGGCCGGGAGGCGCUCAAGCGCUACACCAAGAACAAGCCGGACAACGGCGGCAUCGGCCCCGUGAAGGACACGCGCUUCAGGGUGCGCAGGUGCCAAGGUCUGGGCCUGCUGGACGCAGAUGACACCAUCGAGGAUGUUCUGGAGGAUAAUGACUUUGUGGAAAUUGCUAUCGAAGGAGAUACCAUGUCUACUGACUACAUCCCAUGUGAGCCUGGAGUUUCCCAUCUCACAGCAGCGUAUAAAGAACCUGAACAGUUCAUCUCCCUGGACGGCAACAGUCUGAGCUCCACCGAUCUGGUCAACCUAGGCAGAGGACUCUACAAGAUAAAGAUGACCGCGGAGGCAGAGAAGAAAGUUGUGCAAGCAAGGGUACUUUUGGACACCAUCGUCAAAGAAAACAAAGUUGUCUAUGGAAUUACAACAGGUUUUGGCAAAUUUGCCCGAACUGUCAUUCCUGUCAGCAAGCUCAAGGAGCUCCAGGAAAACUUGGUGCGGUCGCACUCGGCAGGUGUGGGAAACCCGCUGAGUCCCGAAAGGACCCGCAUGCUGCUUGCUCUGAGGAUCAAUGUUCUCGCCAAAGGACACAGCGGGAUUUCUCUGGAAACCCUUCAUGCUAUGAUCCAGGCUUUCAACGCGUCGUGCCUCUCCUUCGUUCCAGAGAAGGGCACGGUGGGUGCCAGCGGAGAUCUGGCACCGCUCUCACACCUGGCCCUGGGGCUGAUGGGAGAGGGUAAAAUGUGGUCUCCUAAGAGUGGAUGGGCAGAUGCCAGAUAUGUUCUGCAGGCUCAUGGACUAAAACCAGUGUCACUGAAGCCUAAAGAGGGCCUGGCUUUGAUCAACGGGACCCAGAUGAUUACGUCUUUAGGGGCGGAGGCGGUGGAGCGAGCCCUGGCCAUCGCCCGGCAGGCAGACAUCAUAGCCGCUCUCACGCUGGAGGUGCUGAAGGGAACCACCAAGGCCUUCGACAGCGACAUCCACGCGCUGCGGCCCCAUCCGGGGCAGAUAGAGGUGGCCCAACGUUUCCGCUCCCUGCUGGACUCUGACCACCACCCAUCCGAGAUUGCAGAGAGUCACAGAUUCUGUGACCAUGUCCAGGAUGCCUACACCAUGCGCUGCUGUCCUCAGGUUCACGGAAUCACAAACGACACCAUCAAAUUCGUCCAGAACAUCAUCAAUACGGAGAUCAACAGUGCUACUGACAACCCCAUGGUAUUUGCAGAAAGAGGCGAGACCAUUUCCGGCGGGAACUUCCACGGCGAAUAUCCAGCUAAGGCUCUGGACUUUCUGGCCAUCGCCGUCCACGAGCUGGCCUCCAUCAGCGAAAGGAGGAUCGAGAGGUUGUGUAACCCCUCCCUGAGCGAGCUGCCUGCCUUCCUCGUCAAUGAGGGGGGGCUCAACUCGGGCUUCAUGAUCGCCCACUGCACCGCUGCGGCUUUAGUUUCAGAGAAUAAAGUGUUGUGUCAUCCCUCCUCGGUGGACUCCCUGUCCACCAGCGCCGCCACAGAGGACCACGUGUCCAUGGGAGGCUGGGCCGCCAGGAAGGCCCUGAGGGUCGUGGAGCACGUGGAGCAAGUCCUUGCCAUAGAGCUGCUGGCGGCCUGUCAGGGUAUCGAGUUCCUCCGCCCACUUCGCACCACCACCCCGCUGGAGAAGGUCUAUGAACUCGUGCGCAGCGUUGUCAAGCCGUGGUUCAAAGACAGGUUCCUGUCUCCGGACAUCGAAGCUGCUCACCGACUCCUGCUCGACCAGAAGGUUUGGAAUGUGGCCAAACCGUACAUCGACAAGUAUCAGUCCGAGUACAUCCCCGAGUCCCGGCCCAACUCUCCCACCGCCUUCUCCCUGGACCCUCCGGCGUCGCCCAGGAAACGAGUCCGUCUGGAGUGAAAGCAUGUUCAGAACAGGGUUUGUUUUUUUGCAAUGACAACAAUCAUUUUCAUUGAAUGAAAAAGAGAAAACAUAUAUAUAUAUAUUUGGAGAUUUGAUAUUAAUAAACAAUAAUCUUUCCCCCUAGUUGAUUUCAGACAUUAAAACCCUUGAAGAUAUUUUAUUUAGAGUAGGUAUAAGUCAUUCGACAGACAAAGCUUAUUUCUCUGGUGAUUAAUGAGCGUGCAUUUUGUGUGUUUGCUGGCCUUACGCCACUUUGGAGCAGAGUUGUAUUUACGCAGACAGUUGUCAUCUUUUUAGAAUGUAAUAAUUCACUUUUUAUUGCCUCAUGACUACCUCAGCCCUUAACCACGAUUAAAUAUUGUUUUUUCUGGUAUAAUGUUUUUCCAACUGACGGUUUUUUUUAACAUCCGACAGUCUCUGAGCCGUGUACAGGGUGGUUUUUCCUCUUGUUAUGAGACUCUGCUAUAAUUAUUUUAAAGAAAAAAUGUUGAAAUAAUUCCUAAAAAUACAAUAUAUCCAGCUUGAAAAUAAAAGCUUUUAAAACUGCA